AUGAACUCGGAGACUUCGCAGCCAUGGGGUCUUUCCGACUGUCCCGUCGAGAUCUUGCUGGACAUUGCCUCGCAUUUGGACCUCGACUCAAUCUUCAAGUUCUCACUGGCUUGCAAGUGCCUACACGGCGUAUUCAACAGGAAUAAAAUCAUGAUUUUUUUGGAAGUCUUGUCGAAAGAGUUCAGCCCGUUCGACGAACUGCUCCAAGUUUACAUGGCAACGGUCGAGGACGUAAACAGCUGUCCCUAUUACCAGCCUCGCACGGUAGUAUUCAAGCGUUUCCCUGGUGACACCGGUUACGCGAUUGGGCCGCAACUUGGCCACAUGAACCACGGCGCCAGGUGCUCUGCAGAAACCGACAAACAAAAGACUUCAAUAUUCCGCACGACCACGGCUGUUGCGAGUAGCGGCGUGGCGGUGCUCACGGAAGACGACAUGAAGCCUAUUCUGCGUAUGUGCCGGCUCGUUCGUCAAUGGGAGCAGCUUUUUCCACAAAUGCGAUGGUUUCACUAUCCAGAAUACUGCAGAACAUUGAAUGAACAAGAGUUGCCAAGAUUUCGGCGCGCCUUCUAUAGGUGGUGGCUCUAUGGCACGUACUUCCAUGGCGAAUGGCCGCGUCCCCAGGUCGGGCAUCCCAUGCCUUUUGUGUUGGAUGUGAGGACAAGCCAACUACGCCGCCACUCGACUGCAGAUUUAAUAGAAUUGCUUGACCUGCACGAGACGAUGAAGGAUGUAAUUCUGCACUACAUCUGCCCCCGAUUGGACCCCACAUACCAACUGUCGCGCGACCCUCUGCCUCUGAUGGAGAGAGUCAGCAGGGAAUAUUCCCUUAAUGCCAUGUGGAAUGAUCAGAGUAAAUGGUCACGAAUCGUCAAAACAUAUGCGAAGUUGAGCCCCAAGGAACUGAUGCACUACUUCGAGAACAUUUACAGUUACACACGAAAGCGUCUCAUUACUGAAAUUCGUCUGCAACGUCCGACCUUUAACUUCGAUCAAGAGUCGCUCCAGGGCGUUAUUCAAUGCGUGCUCGAGGAGCGACAGUUUGUGGAUAGUUUGCCGAUCGUUCCAGAGGAUUGUGAGGGUGGUAUUUUGGACUUUGGCGAUGAGAGGGACGAACAGCGAGUAAAGUACGGGCAGGAUGGAAGGGCGGACGGUAUGCUGCCACCUGGGGUACUGCCGGUGCGUCAGUUUUCGCGGUACUCUCCACGGGGCGAUGAUGGAGAAUAUCUGGAGGAUGAAUUGCGUAGCGUUUUUGAAGUACAUGGAUACAGCGCCAUGCUGCAAGCAUAG